AUGCGGGUGCCCCGGCCUCAGCCUUGGGGGCUCUGGCUCCUGCUCGUCCUCCUGCCCCGGACCCUGCGCGCAGACGGCCACCGCUCCCUCCAGUACCGCCUGACGGCCGUGUCCUCCCCGGCGCGCGGCGCCCCCGCCUUCUGGGCCACCGGCUGGCUGGGGCCGCAGCAGUACCUGCGCUACAACAGCCUGCGCGGCCAGGCCGAGCCCUUCGGCGCCUGGAUCUGGGAGAGCCAGCUGCCCUGGUACUGGGAGAAGGAGACCACCGACCUGCGGGGCAAGCAGGCGCUCUUCCUGGAGGCGCUCGCCGCCCUCGCCGCCCUGCAGAAAGGCUCCUACAUCCUGCAGGGCCUGCUGGGCUGUGAGAUGGGCCCUGACAACGCCACGGUGCCCGUGGCCUCGUUCGCGCUGAACGGCGAGGAGUUCAUGAAGUUCGACGUGAAGGCGGGCACCUGGGACGGGGACUGGCCGGAGGCCCGGGAGAUCGGCCAGAAGUGGCGGCAGCACGAGGACGCCGUGUGGCAGGAGAGGCACUUCCUCAUGUCCUCCUGCCCCCAGCGGCUGCGGGGCCACCUGCAGACCGGCCGCGGCAACCUGGAGUGGAAGGAGCCGCCGUCCAUGCGCCUGAAGGCGCGGCCCGCGGGCGCCGGGCUCUCGGUGCUCACCUGCAGCGCCUUCUCCUUCUACCCCCCGGAGCUGCAGCUGCGCUUCCUGCGCAACGGCCUGGCCGUGGGCGCCGGCGACAGCAACUUCGGCCCCAACGGCGACGGCUCCUUCCACGCCUGGUCCUCGCUCACCGUGCGCAGCGGCGACGAGCACCACUACCGCUGCGUGGUGCAGCACGCCGGCCUGCCGCAGCCGCUGGCCGUGGGCCUGGAUCCGCCAGCCACGUCCCUGGUGCCCGUGGUGGGAAUCGUCGUGGGCCUGUUACUGCUCCUGGCCGUGGCCGCAGGAGGAGCUAUGCUGUGGUGGAGGAUGAGGAGGGGGCUACCAGCCCCUUGGAUCCUUCUCCGCGGGGACGACCUCGGGGCCCUCCUGUCCACAGGCCCAUCCAAGGAUGCUGACUCCUAG